GUUAUCGAGGCCCAAAACCUUUCGGCUGCCUAUGAAAUCGUGCUGUCACAGACCUGCUGGGAGCUGUGUGAGCAGCAACGAAUCAGGGCCAACUAUAUUGCUGGCAGAAGGGCCGUGAAGGUUAUGGGAAUGAGGCACUUAAGUCGCCAGGAAUACCAAGAUGCUGUAGGCCAGCUGAACAUGUACAGAGGGGAUUGGCAUGGGGAAGAGAUGGCCCUCCGAAGGCCGGUUCUUAGGAGCUCUGCUGGUCCUGAAGUGGGAGCGAGGCUGGAGAAGCACAUAUCGACAGCUGUUCUCCAGAAGCUUUAUCAGAACGUGCCACUGGAGCUGUGCUCGGAGCUACGGCCGGUCACCUGCCUCUUUGUCCAGCUGCAGUUUGCUGACAAGAUCAGCACAGUGGAGCUCAGCAGCAGCCUCAGCAAUAGCAGCAGUAUGAUUUCAGAAAUCAUCAGCCCUCACAAGGGUGAAAUCAACAAAAGUCUUCUGUUUGACAAGGGUUGCACCUUCCUCUGCGUGUUUGGAUUUCCGGGAGAAAAGCUGGCCUGUGAGAGCACCCACGCCUUGGAAUGUGCUAUGCAGAUCCUCUGCAUGGCCUCCACGGAGCUGGGAAAACUCCAGCAAGUUUCUGUCGGGGUCAGCAGCGGGACGGUGUUCUGCGGCCUCACUGGCCAUCCCGAGAGGUUUGAACACACAGUCCUUGGCUUUAAGGUGAAUUUGGCCGCCCGCAUGAUGAUGGCCUACCCAGGGAUGGUGUCCUGUGAUGCAGAGACGUAUGCAGCCUCUCGCCUGCCCAGCUACUGCUUCAAAGAGUUGCCACAGAGAGACAUGAAAGGUGUUACCAAUCCCGUCACCAUCUAUCAAUACAUGGGGAUCACCAAGCAGUAAGUGUUC